ACCUCGAAAUCCGAGAAGUGACAACGGGAGUCUGACGGGGAGAGGAGUAUAAUCGUUAGCCAACCACGUGCAUCUGUAACGGAGGCGUGUUGGGUGCAGCGGCAUAGCGGAGUCAGUAGAACAUUAGCCAAGCGGCGCGGAGCACAACGGCUCUACGGUACGUCACUGACGUUACGUACGGACCGACGCCAAAAACCCCGUACAAGACAAAACAAGAUGCGGACCAGGCUUCAAGGAGCUGACAUGAAGGUGGUUGUCUUAGGAGACGUUAAUAUUGGCAAAACGACACUUCUCAUCCGUUACAUGGAGAAGCGAUUUGAAAGCAAGACCUCGGCUACAGUUGGAGCAACGUUUACAGUGAAGUCGCAAGACAAUAACAAUAUCGCUAUAUGGGACACUGCCGGUCAAGAACGAUACUGCGGCUUGAGCUCCUUCUACUGCAGAAAUGCCGACGUUGCCAUAUUGGCAUUUGACAUCACAAACCGUGAGAGCUACCAUGCUCUAAUAAAUCGUUACCUUCAGCUGAUGAGCACAGUAAAUGGCUUCCCCCUGAAAGUCUUAGUAGGAACAAAGUCUGACCUACUGAAGGAGAAAAGGCGUCAGGUAACCAUGGCAGAAGCGCAGCAAUUCGCAAGUAAUAUCAACCCAUCCUUGCCCGCUGGAGAUAUACCAUAUUUCGAGACUUCAAGCGUGACCGGCGUCAACGUCGAGAAGGUUUUCGAAUACAUUUUUGAUCACUGCUGUACGAAAAAAAUCCCCAUUUCCUGUUGUCUCAACGCAUCACCGAAGGAAAGGGUAAAGCUAGGACUGACUGCGAAAACCAUUUCGAUAGCACAUACUGCAGCGAGCUGUUGUAUUUACUAGCGCUACGUGACCUAGUGAUUUUUGACGUAUGUAUAUAUUUAAAAAAACAUGGCCCAUUGUAGGUACAGCAUGCACAGUGACUGAGACAUUCAUAUGCAUGCAUAUGUGUGUAUGUUUGUAACAUUCUUUUUUUGAAUCGUGCUUAUGUCACCACAUUAAGUGUUUGUCCCUUUUCGGAUGUACAUGCAUUUUAUGUAAAGCAUGUGUGCAUUUCUUACAUAGUUGGGUGAUGAUGUUCACCCAAACUGUGAAACUUCCAUGCAAACUGUGAUACCCUUCUGACAGGUGACAUUGACCAUUUUGUAUGUGUUGACAUUGUAUGUAUUCUGUGUGUUGACAUUGACCAUUUUGUACAGUGCCGCGUACGUUUUUAUCUAAGGACUCCUCAGUGUGCUACGAAUUGCAUGGUGUGACCUCGUGAAAAUAUAAAAUAAACUGAUUUUAAAUUUUA